CAUGCCGGUGUACAGUCUGCUUGAUUUCAACCGGACAUGACUGCGGUGAUUGUAGGUCCUUCUUGAUACCAUCUUCCUUUUUUCUUGCAUGCUGGUAGGAAGCUUGAUGUACGAUUUUAGCCUAACAUGACGGCAGUGGUUGUAGGUUCUUCUAGAUAUUCUUCUUCUUUCUUGAAUUGUUUUUCUGCUUGUGUGUAGUCUUGACUUUAUGCGGAUUUUAAUUGUUCUAAUGUUGUUUUCUGAUUGUUUUUGAUGGAUACUGAUUUGAUGUGUUGCAGGUGCUGUCCUCGGUGGAUGAGAGAUAUGUGCGGUCGGCGGUCCGGGCUGCUCUUCAACUUGGUGGGCAAUGUCCUUGGAUUCCUGGUGUCCGGCGCGCGAUGGUACGGCUGGCCCCUCUAUGCCAUGGAUGUCGUCCUCGGCUUGGCGGGCGAUGUCGUCCGGCUCGUCUUGGCACUCUGCGGGCGGUAGUACGGGCUGUCCCUCCAUGCAGUGGAUGACGUCCUCGGCUCGGCGGAUGAUGUCGACUGGUUCCUCUCGGCGUUCGGCGGGGUGCGGCGCGACUCCAGUCUUGACAUUCUCGGAGGGUGUCCGUAUCCAGUGCGGGAGCGGGCGUAUGGCGAACGGUUAUCUUCUGGUUUUUUAUCCGAGCGACAGUACGAGAGAUGGGGGUUCCUGUUUCUGGGGCGUCGUCGUCCGUAUGCUCUCCGAUGUUUCGAUGAGUGGUGUGCCCCUCAUGAGACAAGGAAUGCGCGGUUUCAAGGGCUGGGCUGUCGGGCGAGCGAAGCGACGGACGUCUUGUCUGCGACCAGAUGGUCGCCCGAGUGCCACACCCUCACCCGGCUUCCCGGUCCCUGUCUCCUCAUUUCCAUUCGAUAAAAAGAAGAAGAGCGCACACACCAUCAAUUCACCAUUCCCUUCCCCCUCCCACCUCACGCCACACCACACCAUACAGCCCAACGCACCACUAAAUAAGUGGAACAAGAAAAAAAUAAAGAGAAACAGACAAGACGACAACAACUGA